AUGGCGUCGCCUACGGGUCCACCUUCUACCUCUCUUCCCCAACUCCCGGUACCAAAAACAAGGCAAUCUUCAAACACCUCAGACACAUCUCAUAUCCCUCCACGAAAUUCGACGACUCCUAGAGCGGCCCUUCGAACCCCAUCCAAAAUAGGCAAGCCCACAGCUUCCACCACUACCCAACCCGCCUUAAGCCCCACUGUACCGACGCUGAGCGGGGCCUUGGUUCAAAGAAGUUCGAUCAAAAAGGAUGAGAGCGAUGGAAAUAUUGCGGUGCGACAAUCCGUCAAUAUUGCAAACUUCCCACAGCCUCCGCGGGUCGGAAAACCUGGUCACAGAUCAUCAGCGGAUACAGACUCUGUGUCACAAGGAACUCGGGGCGCGCCGCAGCAAGGUCAAACAAAGCUCAAGACAAAGGCAUCCACUGGAUCUCUGGGUACGACGUACAGUGCCGGUGGUAUCCCAAGCCUAUUGAAUAACAAUGGUGCUGGGAAAUCUAUCUCUGGUUCUGCGCUGCGAAGAGGAUCGUCAGGCCUUGCCAGCCUACCUUCACGCCCUGAGAGCCCGAGUUCAUCAGCAGAGGACUCUUACUCUACAUCUGCGACUACUUUUGAAGACAGUGAUGAGAGGAAGCAUGGAGAUGAUCGACGAAGAGGGAGAGAUUCGGGUUCAAAGGAGGCAAAAGGCAACGUGAUUGUUAGUGUACGUGUGAAGCCCGACGCUGGUGGAGACAAAACUUCUGGGAAGGAUUUUGUGGUGGACGGCCGACAGUCUCUCAUUUCUUAUAAGGGGAGAGAUGCGGGAGAUUAUUAUUAUGAUAACGUAUUCGCUCCUUACGACAAGAACCACAAAGUUUAUGAUGCCUCGGCCAAGCGGUUGGUGAGAAGAGUCAUGGAAGGUUACCAUGGCACAGUUUUUGCAUAUGGUAUGACAGGUACUGGAAAGACCUUCUCGAUGCAAGGGACAAGAGAUUCUCCAGGGGUGAUACCCUUGGCCAUAACGGACAUCUUCUCAUACAUAAGAGAAACACCCUCCCGCGAAUUUCUACUACGUGUCAGCUAUCUAGAAAUCUACAACGAGAAAAUCCACGACUUGCUCUCUCCUCCGACGGCUGGUGGUGUGGGCGCACCCCAGCAGGAAGAGAUCAAACUACGUGAAGACAGCAAGCGAGGUGUGUUUGCUACACCUUUAAAGGAAGAGAUCGUCCAAAGUCCAACUCAACUGCUACGUGUCAUCGCACGCGGGGACCAAUGCCGAAAGACGAGAAGUACGCAGUUCAACACUCAAAGCUCAAGGAGUCAUGCUGUGGUUCAGAUCGUUGUCGAGAGUCGGGAGCGCACAGCAGUCAGCGGCAAAGGAAACGAAAAGAGGGCUGCACUUAUGCCCGGUGGUGUCCGAGUGUCGACGCUUAGCAUGAUCGAUCUUGCAGGCUCGGAGCGAGCGGCGGAUAGCAAGGAGAGACAAAAAGAGGGUGCACAUAUCAAUAAAAGUUUGCUUACUCUUGGUACAGUUGUCUCCAAACUUUCUGGCGACAAGGACGGUGGAAGCAACGUGCCCGAAAAAGAUGGCAAACAUCUUCCAUAUCGAGACAGCAAGCUUACCCGAUUACUGCAGCCUGCAUUGUCGGGUAAUUCGCUGAUUAGCAUUCUGUGCACUAUUCAAAUGGGUUCUGCUGGCAGUGUGGCCAGUGCUAGUGGACACAUUGUAGAGACCUUGAACACGCUGAAAUUUGCUGCCCGUGCGAAGAACAAUAUCGUCAGUCACGCUAAGAAAGCAGAGGAAGCACUUGGUGCUGUUGAAGGAGGCUCGAGAGUCUUGCUCGAGCGGUAUCAACUGGAAAUCUUGGAGUUGAGAAAGCAAUUGGACGCUCAGAGAAAGGACCAAGCCGAGAAGGAAGAGGUCGAGAAGAAGGAACAGGAAAUGGGCUUAGGAUCCGAUCAGCGGCAUGAAGAGCAAAUGCUUGAGAUCCAUCUGGCGCGGACCGCACUGCAGAGGCGAAUGGACGAUCUUAAAAGAUUGAUUUUGUCUUCACAGUCCACGGGAGUCAACGCUAAUGGGAAGUCGUUGCAAUAUGGCAUGCAUUCGACGUCGCCUUCGCACCACAAAAGCGAGUCUGCUCGCACGAUUGUGUCUCUACGCACAUCUGCAAGCCAGUCAACCCUUGGCAAGAUGACGCCACCGCUUUCAAGAAAUGUAUCACUGGCUUCAAACUAUACGAACCAUCGGCAGGGAGAAGAUCUGCAACAAUCUCCCGUUUCAUCGUUCGAUAAUGAAGAAGAAGAAGACCUCGGCGAUGGUACUGCAUCUGCUCAUUCACAGGUCCGAGCACUGCAAAGCGAUCUUGCCGACAAGAAUCGGUAUAUCGCGACGCUCGAAAAGCGUCUUCUCCAAGCUCGUCGAUCAAGCCAGUCACGAGCCUCCCUUCUGUUUUCGCCUACUAGUCGCAGCAACCUCAGUAACCUCGAAGAAGCUGCCCCAUCACAUGUGCUCGCGGAUAAAGACGCUGAGAUAGCUGACCUUCGUGCUCGCCUUGAUGACAAGGACCGCAUGGUCAAUGCCCUUCGCGCCGCGGCACGCAACCGUGACAAUGCCGAUAUGUCAUCCGCGCCUGUAUCACCCCCAACCACCAGACCAUCCCCUACUUCUCCAUUCAAACCCGGCAGAGAGCAUCCUUCCCAUCAUGAGUCUAAAAACAGCGCCAACAGCACUGACACAACUUCUUCCAGCAAUAAAAGCGGCGGGCUUGCCAUCAAUACCUCCUUAGCACACAAAAGCCCUGUCAGCCCAGUCGCGCUGCUCUCGCCGCAGCAAAAAGAAAAGGAAAAAGACAGCAAACGCAAGAGUAUCGAUGAGAUGACUAAAAUCCUUGACGGAAUGAUCCAGGAUCGUGUGCAGACUGGUGGUUUGGUGGUUGGAGUGAAUGGAGCCGUCAAGCCGACGCAUGAGCGGCGGAAGGAAAGUUUUGGUACUGUGCCAACCGUGGGAGCAUUGGCGGCACAGUUGAGGCCAGUCAGUACUCUGGAUGAAUAG